UAUUUUUGUUAACGGCACAUGUUUUCACUCUUACCCCAUGUUUCUUUAUUCUCUUGUUGUCUAGUUUUUAAAGCAAAAACAAAAAUAAAAACUUUAUUCAAGCUUCUUAAAUUCUCUAACUUGAAGCGGUUGACACAUCUGAAAACAAUCAAUGUGCUAUGAACGGAACCGAAGCAUCCGAUCUUGAAAACUGAUGCGAUGGAAUAUUUUGAGGGUCUAUUUAUGCAAAUAUCAGAUUAACUAGUCCUGGAUUUUAAAGAUCACAAAAUAUUGUUUUUAAAAUUUUGGCACCGAUUCUUGAAUGAUUUCGGCAUUACGCGUACUCGAAAAGUGCGAUUAAGGUUUUUUAGAAACGCGUUAGGGGAUAUAAUAGGGUUUGUGUGAGAGAAAAUGGGGCAUUCUGCGGCGGUUUGGGAUUCCAAGUUGGCGCUUGAAACAACAAAGGACUGGAAUGGAAUCGAGCAAAUUGUGCUUCGGAAUCCGCAAGGAAGUUCCGCAAGGGUUAGCUUGCAUGGUGGUCAAGUGAUUUCAUGGAGAAAUGAAAGAGGCGAAGAACUUUUGUUUACGAGUAGCAAGGGGAUUCUUAAGCCCCCAAAGGCAAUGCGAGGAGGUAUUCCAAUAUGUUUUCCUCAGUUUGGUAACUGUGAUUCACUUGAGCAACAUGGGUUUGCAAGAAACAAAAUUUGGGCGGUCGAUGACGACCCACCACCUCUUCCAUCCAAUGAUUCGCUCGGGAAAUCUUUUGUCGAUUUGCUACUGAAACCGUCUGAUGAAGAUCUCAAGUUUUGGCCACACAGCUUCGAGUUUCGGCUUAGAGUCUCUCUUGGGAUGGAUGGAAACUUGACAUUGAUAUCUCGUGUUAGGAAUGUUAACGGGAAGCCUUUUAGUUUCUCGUUUGCUUAUCACUCUCAUUUCUCUGUUUCUGACAUAAGUGAAGUGAGGGUUGAAGGGCUAGAAACAAUGGACUACUUUGACAACCUUUGCAAAAGAGAACGGUUUACGGAACAAGGAGAUGCUAUUACUUUUGAAUCUGAGAUUGAUCGUGUUUAUCUUAGUUCUCCUAAUUGUAUAGCUGUACUUGAUCAUGAAAGGAAGCGGACAUAUGUGUUGAGAAAGGAAGGGCUACCCGAUGUUGUGGUGUGGAACCCAUGGGAAAAGAAGUCAAAAGCCAUGGCUGAUUUUGGAGAUGAUGAGUACAAACAAAUGCUAUGUGUCGAUGGCGCAGCGAUUGAGAAACCGAUUACUUUGAAACCAGGUGAAGAAUGGACGGGUCGUUUGGAAAUUGCGGUUGUGCCAUCGAGUUUUUGCAGCGAGGAUCUCUGAUUUUCAGUUGAGAUGCCUCUUAUAAGAUCCUUUCGAGUUUGAUAUAUGCAAGUAGAUUUUAGGUGUGUUUAAGCAUGGUGUAAUUUAUUUUGAAGAUGAUGCAUACACCAAAAAUGCUAUCCUGACCCGUGUUAAAGAUUCGAGUUUACUCGGGUGGUAGUUGUGUCAUGUGUGAAACAAUUUGGCUACUUAUAGGUAGACCAAGGAUUCUAUGGUUCUUGUGGUUUUACAAACAAGGAUUUAUAUUUAUAAUUUUAUAUAUUAAUGUUACAUAUAUUAUUUGGCCA